UGUGUUUUAAGUUAAAUUCGCAUAUUCUCUCGCUUGUUCAUCGUCGUCGACGGCAAGUGACUUGGGGGUCUUCUCUCUCACCGCUCCGAUCUGAUUUUAUCGUUGAGGAUCUCAUCUAUCAUCUGAAAAAUGAAGCAUAUAAUAAAGAUCUUGAGCCUGCUGGUAGCAAUCUCUGCCUUCUGGAUUGGUCUUUUGCAGGCUGCGAUUGUUCCUCGAAGCCAUACAUGGUUGCUUCCGAUCUACUUUGUAGUAUCUCUUGGAUGCUAUGGUCUAUUAAUGGUCGGACUCGGGCUGAUGCAGUUCCCUACCUGUCCACAAGAAGCAGCUCUCUUGCAGCAGGAUAUUGCAGAGGCCAAGGACUUCUUCAAGCAUAAAGGGGUUGAUGUUGGAUCGGAUUGACACUAUAUCUUUUUUACGACCAAUCUUUAGAAAUAGUUAUUGACAAAAAGACCUUAAAUGUGCUGUUUGUUUGGAUAUUUAUAAAUUAUAAACCGUUUUUCUUUGGCAAAGAGCCCAUAACGCAAAAGCUUUAGAGAUUGUAAAAGUCAUAGAAUCUGAUGCAAGAAGAAAAAUGAGUUACAGAGACAGUAGAGAAAAAGAG